AUGGAAAUUGACGAUGUUUUACCUUGUCGAAAGUUUGCAUUCAGUAUAGGUCAUUUUCUCAAUGAUUUAUGCGCAUCAGUGUGGUUCUCGUAUUCACUUGUCUUCUAUCAUGUUGUAGUAAAAUUUUCAAAUAGUUCUGCUGGUUAUUUAUUAUUGAUUGGUCAAGUAGCUGAUGCUCUAGCAACUGCUUUCGUUGGUUUCGCCUCGGACAAAACAAAGCAUGGCCUAUGUGGAAAAAGAAAAUCAUGGCAUCUACUAGGGGUCAUUUGUGUACUUUGUUCAUUUUCAAUAUGUUUUCAAGUGGAAAAUGAAGCUUUUACAUCAAUUGUAUCGCCAUUUAUUUAUUAUACAAUUUUUAUAAUAAUAUUUCAAUUUGGUUGGGCAUGUUCACAAAUUGGACAUUUAUCAAUGUUAAAUGAAUUAACAUCGAAAGAUGGUGAACGUGUUGCUUUGAAUGCAUAUCGUCAUGCUUGGUCAAUUGUUGCAAAUAUAUUUGUUUAUACUGUUACUUGGUUUUUGCUUGAUAAAAAUGAGACAAGACAUAACAAUCAUAUGGAUGACAAUGUUUUUCGAAUGUUAACUCAAAUCAUUAUUGUGACUGGUUUUUUUACGUCUCUCAUUUUUCAUCUUGGCUCCAAGGAAUCUAUAUCUUCAGCAAAGCAAUAUAAAAUACUCUCGGUUACAUCUUAUACAUGGUAUGAUGUUUUAUGUGAUACUCAAUUCUAUGGCAUAUCACUUAUUUGGGUGUUUACACGUGUUAUGAGUAAUGUUUCACAAGUUUAUUUACCUUUAUAUAUUAUGGAUAGCACUGAUGCAAGUCAAGUAGAUCGAACAUUUAUUGCAGUAGGUCCACUAUGUGUGUAUAUUAGUGGUUUCAUAACUUCAUUUCCGAUGCGAAAAAUUAAUAAAUAUUUAGGACGAAAGAAAACAAUGAUCGUUGGACUUAUUGCUGCUCUUGUAUCAUCAUUUCUUUUCUGGCAUAUUUUUUCAUUAAAAAACAAUCUUGGUAUUUCAAUGCAAUUUACAAUUCUCAUUGCUGCAAUAUUACUUGGAAUAGGAAUAACAACAGCACAAAUUACAUCAAGUGCAUUUACAUCUGAUUUUAUUGGUGAAAAUACAGAAAGUAGCGCAUUUGUUUAUGGAGCUAUGUCAUGUUUGGAUAAACUUGCGAAUGGAUUAACAAUUAUUUUUAUACAAGAAUAUAAUCCUUGCAGUACAUGUUUAACAUGUUGUCCAAUUUUUUAUCGACAAAUCCUUUCAUAUGUACCAGGUGUUACAGCUAUUUGUACACUAUUGAUACUAAUAACUAUUAGAGGUCUUCAUAGUAACAAUCGACAUGGAGAUGCAAAACGAAAAUCUAUAAGUUCGUUAUUUCAUGGAAUAGCACAACGUGCUCUCAAAAUAAUAUUAACGAAAGUUAUAUGA